AUGACAGAAUCCCAUGAUCCGCUAUCUCCCAGCCUCUUGCUACCAAUUCCUGGCUCACCAUCCUACUCUUACGCUUCAACGGACCUCCCUAGUAGUUACAACCUCCCACCACCACCCCAAGCCUGUCAAUAUCCAAUGCUAAAAAUGUCUGACUUGGAGGCUUCACAGAAUGCGUAUAAUGUCCUUUUACAAUCUGCUAAAACUUACCGGAUCUCUCUUGCUGAACUCGGUCUUUCCGCUAGUACUUUUGGAAGCGCGCUAGAGGCUUGCGCAAGACUCAAAGAAGCUCGAAACGAGGCGCCAGAAGAAAGUUCUCAGGAAAAUUUAGCAAGAGGAUGGCAUACUGAAACUACUAAUAGCGGGAGACGGAGAACUUGUACGGCAGACUCACUACUUGCAGCAUCUGGCUUGCAUCAGUUGAUCGCGAACCACCAACAAAUUCUGUCCGAAAUAAUCUACAAAAACUUUGAAAUACCUCUUUUACAUGAAUUUGAUCAGUGGCAAAGACGAAUGGAAGAGGAAGAGAUUGAAUACCAACGUGAAGUCAAAGCAAUGACAAAAGAGAUCCGUGAUAUGGAGAAAGAGGGCUUAAAAUUACACAAAACUCGUAGAAGAGAAGUAGGCCACAUUCGCCAGCAUCUAGUAGCCCUGACGCAAAAGAUCGAUAUCUUGACUGGAUUAAGUGGCGGUCAUGGUAGGGCUAUGGUUAGGGAUUGUCAGGAUAUGUCGCGAGCAAUCGUAGAGUGUAGCGCUGGUAUUGUCAGGGCUGAGGUUGACAUCUUUAAUACUUUGGCGCGUAAAAGUUGGCAUGGCUGUGGCUUGGAUGAACUUCUGAACAACGGCCGCGAUUUGUUCGCUGAUGAAGAUGGAAUGACACGAGCCAACCAAGGUGACCAGAUUUCUUCAACAAGUCCGCUAUUUGCAAGCGUCUUCCCAACUAAUGAAAAUUUUGAACAAAAUCAAGAGCCACAGCCACCCAAAAGUAAUCACUUAAACUGCAGAUAUCAAUCCCUAGCUGGAACCAGCGGUGAAGAAGAUGAUAAGUCCAUAUUUUCGGAAAAUGAUAAGAACCUUGGCAUCCUCAAUCGUCCUCGUAUUGCAAACUUCCUCCUUCCUAUUCUCGGGGGAAUGGAAUGCACAAAAGAUGCUACAGCUGGUUGUAAAGAAAAAACAAUGGCUCUAAAAGUGCAAAACCAUGAAGUUCAAGAGAAUGAUAAUAAAGUACUGGAUGAAGAGGGCACUACGAGCAAGUUAGAGCCCGCUCAAACCCAAAAGGUCGAAAAUUGCAACAUAAUAGAGAGUUACUACACAGAUGGGGAUAUUAUCGCAUCACCAUGGCGUGAAGGAAACGGAGGUGAUGAUGAGAGUAAGGUUUUUGACUAA